UCCACUUUCAAAAUUCUGAUCCUCUUUUUGAAAGUUAGAAGAGACAUAGAUUAGGUCUCAAACAACAACAACAAUACCUCUUGUUUUUCUUUCCCUCCACUCCACUUUCUCUUUGUCUCUUCUCUUAUGCUAUUGCUACUUAUAUUCAAUUCAACAAAUCAACCCUCUUCUCCACUAUUCUUCCAUUUCAAUUCUUUUUGUACCCUUUUGCUUUUUCUACACCCCCAUCAAAAGUUUCAUUCCCAAAAAGAGUUUUUUAGCAUGAAAGUUUGAAACUUUGACAAGUUUUCAUGAACUUCUCCUUAUUUGUUUUACUGAGUUUGUUUUUCAUGGUUUGAAUUCUGUUUUUUUUCUCCACAAGGUUUCACUUUUGGGCUGAUUCAGAAGGAAAGUGGUAGCUAUGGUUGCUGAAGCUUCUUGGAUUUUGAAGAUGGGUAACCAGGUAAGUGCCAAUAUCAAACAAGCACUUCUUUUUGAAACUUCUUCUACUAGGAGAAAACUUGGUCCUAAAAGGUUAGAUAACAAGAAAGUAACCAUAGGGAUUCUUUCAUUUGAAGUAGCUAAUGUAAUGUCAAAAACCAUUCACCUUCAUAAAUCAUUGUCUGAGUCUGAGAUAGUUAAGCUCAGAAAUGAGAUCUUGAACUCAGAGGGUGUUAGAAACUUGGUUUCAUCUGAAGAGGCUUAUUUACUUGAGCUUGUUCGAGUCGAAAAGCUUGAAGAGUUGAACCGUGUUGCUGGUGUGGUUUCUAGGUUGGGGAAGAAGUGUUCUAUGCCUGCUUUGCAAGGCUUUGAGCAUGUGUAUGGGGAUAUUGUUAGUGAUGUUAUAGAUGUGAAGGAAUUGGGGUUCUUGGUUAAGCAUAUGGAAGGAAUGGUUAGGAAAAUGGAUAGGUAUGUUAGUGCCACUAGGAAUUUGUAUAGUGAAUUAGGGGUUUUGAAUGAACUGGAACAAACAGUGAAGACGUUUCAGCUUAACCAGAAUGAGGAGAGUAAAAGGGAUUUUGAGCAGAAACUUGCAUGGCAGAAACAAGAUGUGAGGCAUCUCAAGGAGAUUUCACUUUGGAAUCAGAAUUUUGAUAAGGUUGUUGAGUUGUUGGCUAGGACAGUUUGUACCAUUUAGGCUAGAAUCUGUUUAAUCUUCGGCGAUUCUACAGGGAGGAAGUGUAGGCUUGGGAUUGGUAAUGGGGAUGGUUCGCCACUUGUGCAAAAUGAAUGUGGAUCGGUGUCUGGCUCGAUUAAUGUUCAGGUGAAUUCGGUGAAGUUGAAACGCGAUCAUAGCAAGAAAAAUGGUUACCGUUUGAGUUCAACUGGUGGAAAUGGUAGUAAGCCUCAUCAUAUAGAUAUGAAGAGAGGCGAGUUAGCAUAUGUUCAACUUGAAGAUUUUGGUUUUCCUUGUGGAACAAGUCCAGGUAGACUUUUCAUGGAAUGUCUCAGUUUAAGUAGCUCAGUUUCAAAAUUUGACGACGACAACGAUGUUGUCGUUAUUGAUCGAGUGGACCGAUACAGUUUUGUAUCAAGCUGUCAAAGUACUAUGAAUAUUGUCAAGAAAAAUGAGACUUUGUGCCACUCCAAGGGUCUAAAUCAUGCCGAAAAUGUUGUGCCUUUCACUUGUGAUCUAAGCCAAGUGAAAUCUUGUGUUCAAAGUUGCUCAACCUUUGGUCCAAAUAGUGGAUUAGCUGUUUAUGCUCUUCCUUCUACUCUUGGAGGCUGUGCUCUAGCAUUGCACUAUGCUAACAUCAUUAUUGUCAUUGAGAAAUUACUUAGCUUUCCACAUUUAGUUGGUGAAGAAGCUAGGGAUGAUUUAUAUCAGAUGCUUCCAACUAGCUUAAGGUUAUCUUUGAAGGCCAAACUUAAGACCUAUGUCAAGGAUUUGGCCAUAUAUGAUGCUCCUCUUGCCCAUGGCUGGAAGGCUACUCUUGAUGAGAUACUUCGGUGGCUCGCUCCACUUGCUCGUAACAUGAUGAAAUGGCAAAGCGAUAGGAAUUUCGAGCAACAUCAAUUAGGUAACAGGACGAGCGUGCUACUAUUUCAGACAUUAUAUUUUGCUGAUAAGAGAAAGACAGAGGAAGCUAUAUGUGAACUUCUUAUAGGAUUGAAUUACAUAUGUCGUUAUGAACAACAACAAAACGCGUUACUUGGUGGUGCAAGCAGUUUCGGUAUUGAAGAUUGUAUGAAAUGGAAAUUGCAGUGCAGUGCAUCUUUACUCGAUUGAAUACACACUACAUAUUGUAAUCCUCAAUGUAGUGAGCAUUUCCUUAAUUCGUCUUGAUACCACAUGGGAAAACUUUGUACAUUGAGGAUUAUUAAUGUUGUUGACUAUUUGAAAAGCAUAGUAACAUUAAUUGCAAUUAGAUUUAUAAAGUAUACUAGCUGUCAUUUUUAUAAAAUAGGCAAAGAUAUUCAUACCGAACUUUGAAUUAUGUUUAUGUGUAGCUUGCUUAUUGCUUAGAAAAUGCUUUGUUAGGACUAUUGCUAUGAUUAACUCAGAGGACUAGUAUUAAUUUAAUGUCAUUCUUUUAGUUUCUGUUGAUUCA